AUGGCAGAACAAGCAAGCCCCAAGUUUGAAGGCUGGCUAGGCAAGUCCCCAGAUGCCAUCAAUGGAAAGAUGGAAUGGGGAGAAUACGAGCCCAAGAAAUGGACUGAGGAUGAUGUGGACAUAGAGAUAUCACACUGCGGUAUUUGCGGUAGUGACUUACACACAUUGAAGUCUGGCUGGGGCCCGACUCCCUACCCUUGUGUCGUGGGCCACGAGAUCGUCGGCAAGGCAGUACGUGUAGGAGCGAACGUGAAGCAUGUCAAAGUUGGCGAUCGCGUUGGAGUUGGUGCACAAGCAAGAACUUGCCAGAAGAGCACCUGCCCGGAAUGCUCGAACGGCUUGGAGACCUAUUGCCGAGAAGGCUUAAUCAACACCUACGGCUCCAUUUACCCGGAGGGAGAAGGCAAAACUUAUGGCGGCUAUGCGGACUACAACCGUACAAACGGCCAUUGGGUCUUCAAGAUUCCGGAUGGAGUUGAUUCAGCCAGCGUCGCUCCGAUGCUUUGUGGUGGCAUUACCGUGUAUUCGCCCCUAAAGCAAAAUGGCUGUGGACCAGGCAAGACAGUGGGAAUUGUUGGUGUUGGCGGUUUGGGUCACUUUGGUAUUCUUUUUGCCAAAGCCCUGGGAGCCGACAAGGUCGUGGGUAUCUCGAGAAAGGAAGACAAGAGGGAGGACGCACUGAAACUCGGUGCCGAUGAGUACAUUGCUACGGGCGAGGAGAAAGAUUGGGCAACGAAGCACCAACGAACCCUGGACCUCAUCGUCAGUACAGUGUCUCAUUCAAAGAUGCCUUUGAAUGAAUAUCUUGCUCUUCUAAAAGUAAGGGGGACUUUGAUUCAAGUUGGCGCCCCUGAUGGAGGCGAGCUUCCCCCCGUCAAUGCAUUCCAGCUGAUUUCGAAUGGAAGCAAAAUCGGCGGUAGCGCUACAGGAUCCCCUUGGGAAAUAAGAGAAAUGUUGCAGCUAGCAGCAGAUAAGAAGAUCAAGUCUUGGAUUCAGGAACGACCUCUAAAGGACGCUAACCAGGCGAUCAUCGAUAUGGAGGAGGGUAAAGCCCGUUAUCGAUACGUACUCGUAAAUGAGAACUUUGGCAAGCAUUAG